AUGUCCUUUAAAGAUAGAGAAGACCCUUCCACUUUGGUUUUAUUUGACGUUGAUGGAACAUUGACUCCAGCCAGAUUGUCAGUUUCUGACGAAAUGUUAAAGACUUUGGCUGAAUUGAGAAAGAAGGUUGUCAUUGGCUUUGUCGGUGGUUCAGAUUUGGCCAAACAAGUUGAACAGUUGGGCCCAAAUGUAUUGGAAAACUUUGAUUACUGCUUCAGUGAAAACGGUUUGACUGCUUAUAAAUUGGGUAAGAAAAUGGCUUCCCAAUCAUUCAUUGGCUGGCUAGGUGAAGAGAAGUACAACAAGCUUGUCAAGUUUUUUUUGAGAUACUUGUCUGACAUCGAUAUCCCAAUCAGAACCGGUACCUUUAUUGAAUUCAGAAACGGUAUGGUCAACAUUUCCCCUGUUGGUAGAAAUGCGUCAACUGCUCAAAGAAACGAUUUUGAAGCUUACGACAAGAUCCACCACGUUAGAGAAAAAUUGGUUGACGCUUUGAGAGAAGAGUUCAAAGACUACGGUUUGACUUACUCCAUUGGUGGACAAAUCUCUUUCGAUGUUUUCCCAACCGGAUGGGACAAGACUUACUGUUUGCAACACGUCACAGACGAACAUUUCAAGACAAUUCACUUUUUUGGUGACAAAACUUACAAAGGUGGUAACGACUACGAAAUUUACCAUGAUCCAAGAAUCACUGGACAUGCUGUUAACUCGCCAGCUGAUACCAUUAGAAUUUUGGAUGAGCUUUUCCACUUGAAGCAAUAA